GGAUGCCCGUAAGAAAAAUAAGAAACCAGAUUGGAUUGGAGAUUGUGUGUGGAAUUCUUUAUUAGAAUCUUGGAAUGCACCUACAUAUCGUACAAAGUGUACACAAGCACAAAUAAAUAGAGCAUAUGAAAAGGGUGGAAGUAUGCACACAUGUGGCUCCAUUAGCAUGAAUGAACAUGCCAUUCGCAUGGAAAAAGAGCUUGGUCGACCAAACUCAUCUACGAAAAGAUACUGGUCAAUUUAUUGAUGAUAGAUCUAGGCGGACACAUGAAGAGUUUGAAGCUAGAUUUUCUCAAGCUAUAUCUGAGGUUGGGUCCACUGUUGGCACCUCAGAAAGCACCCAUUUAGACCCUAUUGACCAGGAUAGACUUAGGAGUCAAUGUUGGAAUGCAGUUAUCGGUGGAAAAUACAAGGGACGCUGUUAUGGUACAGGAGAUCUUUAUGAGAAUGAGGAUAGCAGCUUUGUGGGGACAUCUUUAAGUCAGUCUCAGAAUACACAGACAUCAACAAAAUUCACCUGGAUAUUCUGA